AUGAAGUCUUACUUUGCCCUCCUUGCCGCCGCCGGCAUUGCCUCCGUCCCUGUCGUCGCUGGUUAUGAGUAUCUCGACGUCGUGCCCCUCGAGGCCCGUCAAGCUACUGGGGAGAAGUUUGAGUGCCACUCUAACUGUGGUACGCUUCAGAUCACACUUACCAUCCUUUGUUUCCGAUCACUAAUAUUCGCAGGAAAUGCCAUCCUGGGCAGCAAGGAUGGCGAAGUCCACUGCAGCAACUCCACCUGGCUCGGCCUCUUUGAGGAGUGCCUCGAGUGCGCCAACGAGUUCGACAUCUGGCAGCACUACGGCAAGGGCGUUGAGGAAGGCGCCGAGGCAUGCGACCUUGAGGCUGUUCCUGUCGGCUCUGCCGCGACUGCUGACGCUACCACGGCUGCUGGCUCAACUACUGCCGCUGCCCAAACCACUGCUGAGGCUACCGCCACUCCUUCGGCUGCGACUGAGGAUAAUGGUGCCGCUCAGCUGACAGGGUCGAGCGUCAUGCUAUUUGCCAUGCUUGCUGCCGCCGGCCUGAUGUGA